AUGAGUAACUCCACGGAUCCCUCAGACUAUUGCACUUUGGACAUUUGCCCGAUUACAGAGGCGUAUAUCUACUAUGUCCCAUCGUUGGCUGGCAAUGCUUUCUAUCUGGCCUUGUUUGUCGUGCUACUAGCCGCUCAAGCGGUGCUCGUGGUCCGCUAUCGAACCUGGGGCUACUUUGCAGGUCUCUUUGGGGGCCUCGUCUUGGAAAUCAUCGGGUAUCUCGGACGGAUUCAAUUGCAUAACAAUCCUUUCCGCUUCAAUCCGUAUCUGGAGUACCUCAUCUGCCUGACCAUUGGGCCAGCCUUCCUCAGCGCCUCCAUCUACAUCUGCUUGGGACGCAUCGUGACUAUCUACGGCGAGAGUAUCUCUCGCCUCCGUCCGAAAAUAUACACGAUUGUCUUCGUUGGGUGUGACUUGGUCUCUCUCAUCUUACAAGCGGCGGGCGGUGCCAUCACCUCCAUCGCAGAUGCCGACCAGUACGAUCUCGCUCAGGAUGGUAUCAACAUCAUGAUUGCCGGACUCGCUAGCCAGGUCGCGUCUCUGGCUCUCUUUAUGGUCCUCUGCCUCGACUUCGCCUGGAAAGUGAUCAAGAACCCGCAGGACCUCAACCCCGACACCCGCAUGCGGGAGCUCCGACAGAGCCUCCGCUGGAAGGCCUUCCUGGCAGGUCUGGCUCUUGCUACUUUGACCAUCUUUGUGCGAUCUGUCUUCCGAGUGGCGGAGCUUAAUGAGGGAUUCCACAGUUCGCUAGCCAACAACCAGGUGCUCUUUAUGAUUCUGGAGGGAGCAAUGAUUGCCAUUGCUGUUAUCUGCAUGACCAUUCUCCAUCCUGGCUUUUGCUUUGACGGCCUUUGGAAUCAGACGAAAUGGUCAUUUCGUCGGUCGCGCGACUGCGAAGUGCAGUUGAUUGAGGUGAGCGCCGAACACGAAGCCAAGGCUUAG